GCAGUAUUGACGUGGGCAUGGAUUACCGCUACAGCCUGCUGGAGGGCAGCCUGCUGAUCAAUAAUCCCAAUAAAAGCCAGGAUGCUGGAACGUACCAGUGUGUAGCAACAAACCCCUUCGGCACGAUUGUCAGCAGAGAAGCAAAGCUGCAGUUUGCUUACCUGGAGAACUUCAAGACCAGGACGAGGAGCACGGUGUCCGUGCGCCAGGGCCAGGGCAUGGUGCUGCUCUGUGGUCCCCCGCCCCACUCUGGAGAGCUCUCCUACGCCUGGAUCUUCAACGAGUACCCCAGCUUCGUGCACCAGGACAGCCGGCGCUUCGUGUCGCAGGAAACUGGGAAUCUCUACAUUGCCAAGGUGGAGAGCUCGGACGUGGGCAACUACACCUGCGUGGUGACCAACACCGUGACCAACAGCAAGGUCCUGGGGCCACCCACGCCCCUCGUCCUCAGGAAUGACGGGGUGAUGGGAGAGUAUGAGCCCAAAAUAGAAGUGCAGUUCCCAGAAACAGUUCCAUCUGCAAAAGGAACCACGGUGAAACUGGAGUGCUUUGCCUUGGGCAACCCAGUGCCUACGAUCAGCUGGAGGAGGGCAGAUGGGAAGCAGAUCCCCAGAAAAGCCCGGAGACACCGAUCCAGCGGGCUCCUCGAAAUCCCCAAUUUCCAGCAAGAGGACGCCGGGCUCUACGAGUGUGUGGCUGAAAAUGUGAGAGGGAAAAACGUGGCACGAGGACAGCUGACAUUUUAUGCCCAGCCCAGCUGGACCCAGCAGAUCAGCGACGUGCACGCGGCCAUCGAGGAGCGCGUCUCCUGGGAAUGCCGCGCCAGCGGCCGCCCCAAGCCCUCGUACCGCUGGCUCAAGGAUGGGGAGCCCCUGCUGCCACAGGGCAGGGUGCAGCUGGAGCAGGGCUCCCUCACCAUUCCCAACGUGAGCCUCUCGGAUGCGGGCAUGUACCAGUGCGUGGCAGAGAACAGGCACGGCGUCAUCUUUGCCAGUGCAGAGCUCAGUGUCAUCGCCAUCGGUCCAGACUUUUCCAAAACUCUGCUGAAGAAGUUAACUCUUGUUAAAGUGGGUGGUGAAGUCAUCAUUGAGUGCAAGCCCAAAGCCUCCCCCAGACCUACUUAUUCUUGGAAGAAAGGAAAAGACAUCCUAAGAGAAAAUGAGAGAAUCACUGUUUUGGAUGACGGGAGCCUGCGGAUCGUCAACGUCACCAAAUCGGACGCGGGGAGUUACACCUGUGUGGCCACCAACCACUUUGGGACAGCGAGCAGCACGGGCAGCCUGGUGGUGAAAGACCCAACCCGGGUGAUGGUGUCCCCUUUCAGCAUGGAUGUCACAGUUGGAGAAAGCAUUGUCCUGCCUUGCCAGGUGUCCCACGACCACUCCCUGGACAUCGUGUUCACCUGGUCAUUCAAUGGGCACCUGAUAGACUUUGAGAAAGAUGGGGAUCACUUCGAAAGGGUUGGAGGAGAUUCAGCUGGUGAUUUGAUGAUCAGGAGCAUCCAGCUGAAGCAUGCAGGGAAAUACGUCUGCAUGGUGCAAACAAGUGUGGACAAGCUCUCAGCUGCUGCAGACCUGAUUGUAAGAGGUCCCCCGGGUCCCCCCGAGGCCGUGACCAUCGAUGAGGUCACGGACACCACAGCCCAGCUGUCCUGGAGGCCGGGGGCAGACAACCACAGCCCCAUCACCAUGUACGUGGUGCAGGCACGCACGCCCUUCUCGGUGGGCUGGCAGGCAGUGAGCACAGUGCCAGAGGUCAUCGACGGCAGGACGUUCACGGCCACGGUGGUGGGGCUGAACCCGUGGGUGGAGUACGAGUUCAGAGUGGUGGCUGCCAACCUGAUUGGGAUCGGGGAGCCCAGCAGCCCUUCAGAGAAGAGAAGAACUGAGGAAGCUCUUCCUGAGGUGACCCCAGCUAAUGUUAGUGGAGGUGGAGGCAGCAAGUCUGAGCUGGUCAUUACCUGGGAGACGGUGCCCGAGGAGCUGCAGAACGGGGGUGGCUUUGGCUACGUGGUGGCAUUCCGGCCCUUGGGCACGGUCAGCUGGAUGCAGACGGUGGUGGCCUCGCCGGACGCCGCCCGCUACGUGUUCCGCAACGAGAGCCUGCCGCCCUUCUCGCCCUACGAGGUCAAAGUGGGAGUCUACAACAACAAGGGGGAAGGCUCCUUCAGCCCCGUCACUGUGGUCUACUCGGCAGAGGAAGAGCCAACGAGAGCCCCAACCACUGUUUUGGCAAGAAGCCUUUCUGCCUCAGACGUCGAAGUUUCUUGGGCUCCCCCGUGGGAGAACCAGCACAAAGGAAGAAUACAGGGAUAUGAGGUGCGCUGCUGGCGGCACGACGAGAAGGAGGAGAACGCCAAAAGGAUCCGGACGGUUGGGAACCAAACAUCCACAAAAGUCAGCAACCUGAGGGGAAAUGCCCUCUACCACCUGGCAGUCAGGGCUUACAACACGGCUGGCACCGGCCCCUCCAGCGCUGCUGUCAACGUCACCACCAAAAAGCCACCACCAAGUCAGCCCCCUGGGAACAUCGUGUGGAAUUCAUCCGACUCUAAGAUCAUCCUGAACUGGGACCAGGUGAAAGCCUUGGACAACGAGUCAGAAGUGAGAGGCUACAAAGUUUUGUACAGGUGGAACAGGCAGAGCAGCACGUCUGUCAUAGAAACAAAUAAAACCUCAGUGGAGUUGUCCCUGCCCUUUGAAGAGGAUUACAUCAUUGAGAUCAAACCCUUCAGCGACGGCGGCGACGGCAGCAGCAGCGAGCAAAUCCGAAUCCCAAAGAUAACCAAUGCCUACGCCAGAGGCUCGGGCUCGUCGACCUCCAGCGCCUGCACCCUGUCAGCCCUCAGCACAAUCAUGAUCUCCCUCACAGCCCGCUCCAGUUUAUGA